UUUAGAUAUGAUCAAAUCUGCUAUCAUUGCCUUGAAGGAAAGAAAUGGUUCUUCGUAUGUAUAACUCAUAUCAUAAUUUGUUUUUUUGUUUUGGUUUUUCGUCAAGCUUUAAAGAAGUACGUUCAAUCCAACAAUGAUAUCAAAACCGCCAACUUUGAUGCCUUGUUCAACACUGCUUUAAGAAAAGGUGUUGAAUCAGGAGAUUUCUUACAACCAAAGGGACCAUCUGGUCCAGUUAAGGCUGCCAAGAAGGAAAAGCCAGUUACUGCCCAAAAGGUCAAGAAGCCAGCUGCUGCAAAGAAGGUCACUAAGAAGCCAGCUGCUGCCAAAAAGGUCACCAAGAAGGCUGCUGCUGCUCCAAAGAAAGUAACCAAGAAGGCUGCUGCUCCAAAGAAGGUUGUUAAGAAGACUGCCACCAAGAAGGCUUCUACUACUACUACCAAGAAGGCUGCUCCAAAGAAGAAGACCACUACCAAGAAAUCUACCAAGUAA